CAUGGGGCAGAGAGAAGCAGACACCGAAGCCUGAAAAGCCGAGCUCUAGCGUCUCCUUUACCACUUCGAUCUCUCCGCUUCCACUUCCUCCUGCUCCCUAAAAGUCCCAAUUCGAUCCACGAGAAAGAGACCACCCCACCCCCCCUUCUCUCUCUCUUCCUCCUCAUUGCUCUUCUUUCCUUCUCUAAGAUCCAUCUUCUUCAAUUGAUUCCUAAUAAGGAAAUAUUGGGGGUCUUUUUUGACGUAAUGGUCUGAGAAUUAAUGGCAGGAAAAAGGCAACAACGGAGCAGUAGGACUUUGGUGAGGAAGCCUCACUUCUUUAAAGUCCUGCUCGGAGACUUCGGACAGCGGCUGAAAAUCCCACCAAACUUCUUGAAACAUAUCUCAAUGGAGGCAUCUAGAAGAGUGACCCUUCAGGGUCCCAGUGGCAGCAAGUGGUAUGUCCAACUAACCAAAAACAUUGAAGGAGCAUUCCUGACUGCUGGAUGGCCAAAGUUUGUCAAAGACCACUCGCUAAAGGAGCAUGAAUUCCUGGUCUUUCAAUAUGAAGGAAGCAUGCACUUCACUGUUCUCAUUUUUGAUACAACUGCAUGUGAGAGGGAAGAUGUGCUCACAGUAAGACCUCAUAGAAGUUCGAAGUCCAGUAAUGAUAGAAAUAAAAGGGGAAGACCGCUAAAGAUAUCUUUGGAUGUUGGCUGCUAUGUUAAGAAGGAAGCAAGCGAAAGUGAGUUGACAGACCUUCGAAAUGACAGACAUGCACCCAAUCAGUUACAAGUUCACUAUUCGAAUUCAAUCCAAGGAAGACGUAUGUCACCUCCUAUACCUUGUGGGGAUGUCAAAAUUAAAACAGAAGAUGAUGAACUCCCGAUUUGUAUGAUUGGUUCUCCCACCAGACAGUAUAGAGGCUAUGUCUCGAGAAGACGACCUGUGACAGCAGAAGAAAGAGCAAAAGCAAGGGAAGACGCCAACUCUUUCACCUCUAUAUUCCCUCAUAUGAUAAUGCGCAUGACAGCGAUGAGUGUCUACAGGACCUAUAUGCUGAGGAUACCUGCUUGGUUUUCACGCGCGCAUCUUCCCCGUAAAAGAACUAAUUUGGUCCUCCGAGACCCAAAUGGGAAGGCUUGGGUGGUGGUCUACAUUCCAUGCUCAAGGGACCGUUUAUCUGGAGGGUGGUCUGCUUUCUCACGCGGCAACAACCUUGAGGAAGGAGAUUAUUGUGCUUUCGAGCUUGUGGGUCCAGUAGAAAUGCGUGUCCACAUCUUCAGGGUGGUCGAGGAGACUAUACCUGUGAUAAGGAUGACAAGGAUGCAGGAGAUGCAUUAGCCUCAUGGAGCUUAUGUGCCAUGCAAGAAAUAUAAUAGAGCCAAUGUAGGGAAGGAUAAAGAUACUUGUCAUUUGAUCUGUAUUCUCUUAACACUUCUCCUCGCAAGUUGCUUCUUUGGUUUGACAUGCUUGCAUAUAUGGUGUCCUUGCCUUUGAUCCACAUGUUAAUGAUUCUGCUGAUUUAUAUUUCCCUUGUUCCAGUAUCUUAACUGGACAUGCUUUGAAAUUAUGUAGAAAGUUGCAAAUGGGCAUUGAGUUCUGACA